AUGCACCCUAAACGCAUCGUCGAUCACUUGACAAACAUGGCGGUCUGCAUUGGCAUGGUCGUGAGAGUUGGAGGCAUUGCACUGACUGCACUGAAGCCGGCAGCCAGACAGUGUCCCAGGCAGAAGGCUAGAAUAUACAUCCCGCAGCGCUUUGCUCAUGGAGUUCGAAGCAGUUUGUACGAGCAUGUCCGUGAAGGUUACAGUGACAAGCCGGAGCUGGACAUGAGAGCCGUGUGUGAGGAGACCGACAAAGUCAUCACUAACGUGGAGAACAGGAAAGGGGACCUGCAAGGGGACGAUGUCAGGAAAAUUGUAUGUGUGUGGCAGGAGCUCCAGACAGUAAGGACGGAAAUCUCUGAGCUGGAGACGGAGAAGAGCAGUGUCAGUGACACAGUAAAGGCGCUAGUGACCAAGAACGACAAGAAAGCCCUCGCCAGUCUUCCAGAGUACACUCGGUCUCUGCAGAGGGGCCGAGAGAUCCGCACCAGACUGAAUCAGCUCUACGCCAAAGAGACUGAGCUGGAUGAGGAACAUUACGGCCGAGCGCUCAGACUCCCAAACGCCACACACCCUGAUGUGCCAGUUGGAGAUGAGAGCCAGGCAAAGGUGGUGGAGCUUGUGGGACAGAAACCAGAAUUUGACUUCAAGCCCAGAGGCCAUGUAGAGCUGGGGGAGGAGCUGGGUCUCAUAAGGCAGAGGCAUUUAGCUCAUGUCUCAGGCCACAGGUCCUACUAUCUGAGGGGAGCAGGGGCCAGACUUCAAAUUGCUCUCCAGAACUUUACCCUGGACACACUGCAGCAACGGGGCUUCAUUCCCAUGGUGGUGCCCGACAUGCUGAAGGGGGCAGUGUUUGAGGGCUGUGGGAUGCAGCCCAAUGCCCAUCGCUCCCAGGUCUACUCACUGGACCCGAACCGUUUCCCAGACCUCAACCUGGCUGGGACUGGAGAGGUCGGGGUGGCAGGCUACUUCAUGGAUCAUGCAGUAAACUGGAAGGACUUGCCUGUCAGGACGGUGUGCAGCAGCACCUGCUACAGAGCAGAGACGGACACGGGCAGAGAGACGUGGGGGCUCUACAGAGUCCAUCACUUCAAUAAGGUAGAGAUGUUUGGAGUGACGGCGGAUGAGACGGGAGAAGAAAGCUCUCGGCUGUUGGAGGAGUUUGUCUCUUUGCAAAAAGAGAUGUUUUCUGCACUGGAACUGCACUACAGAGUGCUGGACAUGCCCACUCAGGAACUUGGACCUCCAGCAUACAGAAAGUACGACAUCGAAGCCUGGAUGCCUGGGAGGAACAGCUACGGAGAGAUAUCCAGUGGAUCCAACUGCACAGACUACCAGAGCCGACGCCUCAACAUCCUGUAUGAGAGAGAGGACGGCAGCCUGCAGUAUGCCCACACAGUGAAUGCUACAGCGUGUGCCAUACCCCGAACCAUUAUCGCCAUCCUGGAGACUCACCAGACCAAGGAAGGAACAGUGCGUGUCCCCCGAGCCCUUCAGCCUUACCUGGGUCUUGAAGUGAUCGAUAAGCCAAAGUACACUCCCCUUAAAUACAUCGGACCCAACCAGCACAGCCGUCCACCCAGGCCCGCUCCUAAGAACAGAUGACAAGCCCGGAGGAGAAUUAAUACUUAGAAAAUGGCAUUGUUGUACACCACGUCCAUUUACAAGCUGCUUGUGAUCUCCCUUAAAUUAAAUUAAAUGACGAUCAGA